UUUUCCGUUCUCACUUUUCGCAUCUCAAAAAUUUCUGUAUUUCUAGCCCGUGUGGUUCGCCUGUUUAACACUAUUUCAUUUCGUUCAUUAGAAUCAAGACUGGCAAGAAGUAAGAUGUUAUUUAGCUGGAUGAACAUGGGCAGGGGUAAAAUGUUUAGCAAGCGUAGUUCGUUGAUGUACACUCCCGUUUUAUUUCCAGUGAUCCAACGGAUUACUUUCUUUUGAAAUCGCUCCAACUGCAAUUGAUCCCCCCUCGAUAUAUGUGUACAUGAGAGUCCGUAUAAUAACACUGGGAGUAUUAGUGACUUAUACAGACCUAACUUUACAAACGUAUUUAUCUUUGCUGAUAGGUUUCUUCUCAGGAGGUACAGUACUUGGUUUGCCUUCUUUAAUCUUGUUUCAAAGUGUACCUUCCAACUUAAAUCGCCCGUGUACCUUCCAACUUUCUGAGUCUAUUUAAAGAUACAAUACAAAACGAUACUUUUCCCGAUACUCAAAAGCUAUUUUCAGAAAAAAUGAUACCGAUACCACUUAAGCAGUAAAAACGAUACCGAUACCGAUAUUUCAAAUUAGAUGCCCGAUACGAUGUCGGUAUCGAAGUCGCUGGUCGUGACGAGAAGAAACAGAGAAGAUCGAGUGGACCAGAGUGAACCUUCGGUGGAAAGGUGGACAGCUGAAGCUGCCCAAUAGUCCAAACAGAACACUUGUGUCUUGAUUCAAAGCUUAUUCACUUCAAACUUCUUGAGUUAAACUUGAUUACCGAAUUAACUCUAGAGUUGCUUAUUAAUUUAGUUACUCGAUUCUAGAAGUCGUGUCAGUAUGUAUUAUACGAUCUUUGACUGAGCGGAAGCAUAAUGUCACAUUGCUUACAACAAAUAUGUGCUCCGAACUGGUUGAACAGUUUGCACCUAAUGUGGCGGCUCUUCACGAACUUCAAGUCAUCCCGGAACACGAUUUCUCAACGAAUGUCGUAGCACAGUUCUGGAAGAUACACUACAUUAUGCAUGCAAACGGAACCGUUCUUUUGUACCACGCCGUCGAUGAUUUUCUGAAAUCGUCGGAAGUCGUUUUCGAUGGUAUGUUCAUUGAUUUGGUCGCAAAUGGAGCAGCCAUAGCGGCCAAAAAACAUAAAAUUCCUGUUGUCACUCAGUUCAUGGGGCCGAUCAUGGAACCCUACUCAGAGAAGCCUCUUUAUUUCGAUAGGCACGAAAUCCCCACCGAGACACCGUGGGAGAAACCGAGUCUGCUUAUGGCAUUGAUGAGUGCUUUCUUUAGCGGUGUUUAUGAUCUUGCAAUUUCGUACCCCAUCUACCGGUCAGUCAAUCUAAUACACGCGGAAAAUGGUUGGGAUAAGGUUGACUACAAUAAUGGACUGUGGCCUUUCAGUUACACUCAACAGUUCUCCAUGUACAUAGCUCACGGUGCUCAACCAAUUAUUCAUCCGAAUGGAUUCAAAAUGGAAAACGUGAUUUCAAUUGGCUUUGUUCCUGACAAGUUGAUGUACUCGGAGUUGACUCGGGAGCUGACUGAUUUUAUAGAACAGGCCGAUGGGCCAGUUAUUUUCAUCAGCAUGGGCACAGUAUUUAUGAAGAAUGCAGACGAAUUGAUAAAGUUCUACGAACAGCUGAAGAAUCAACGGAACUUUUAUUUUAUUUGGGCUGUAAAGACAGCGAUGAUUGAAGACCUCGGAAUAACGACAGAACCCGUCAGCAGUGAGCGUCUGUUUGUUGGGCGAUAUCUUCCACAGGGGAAGAUUCUGCAACACUCCAAGGUGAAGCUGUUUGUCACCCACUGUGGCUCUAAUUCAGUUCAAGAUAGUGUCUAUGCCAUGAAGCCCAUGAUCACUCAUCCCGGUUUCGGAGACCAGGUGUACCUUUCUAACAUCAUUCUGAAGUACGGACUGGGAAAAUACAUGGUCAAUUUUGACUAUGGAAAUAUGGAGUCACUCAUUAUUGAGUUAUUGGAGGACAGUAAAUACACGCAAAUGAAAGAAAAGUUGAGAGUGUACAGAGACAACCAGAUUGCGUUGGGUGGCUUUACGAAAGGCGCAGAGGUUAUCGAAGAUGUCAUAAGUGGAAGAUUGAAAAUAAACACCAAUGUAAAACCUGAACAGUUAUUUGGCAUUCAUCUGUUUGGAAUUCGAGCGACUGUAUUUGGCGUUCUUGCUGUUGUUCUCGGAUUUUUUUGCUUGGGAGUGAUUGCAGCUCUGAAAUUAUCAAAGUUUAUGGUGAAGACUUUCUCAGGGAACAGAAAACCUCACAGCAAACAAGCCAAAAAAGACUAACUUUUAUUAUUUGAAAACUUCGUGAUCAUUGUUUGGAAGAAACUAAAUAAAUGCAUCUACUAUUCUAUCAAGUUGGGUCAAUCAGAAACAGCCGCUUUUUUCAAGAAAAGGCGGUUAGUUCGUUGAACUCGAAUGAAUCAUUCCAAGUUUACAUUAAUCCUUUAUGAUAUAGUUCGUUCGUUGAACUCGAAUGAAUCAUUUAUCGAGUUUAUAUUCAAAAUUUACAUUAAUCGAGUUUACAUUCAAAGCUUACAUUAAUCCUUUAUCGUACAAAUAUUUUAUGUUUGAAGUAUUAAGUCUUUAUUGCUCCUCUUU